AUGCAGGAUCUUUACAGUGAUAGGGUGAUGGAGAUUGGUAGAGAAAAUAAUGGAUUCUAUCUGCUAAAGGAGAACAUAACUGUAGCUGCAACAGGUUUAUUUAUGAACAAAGGAGCAGAAAGUGAACUCUGGCACUUGAGGACGUAUGCCUUUCAGUUGAUGUCAGAAGUUGGUCUUGCAGGAGCUAAAUCAAUCUCCAUCCCAAUAGAGCUUAACCAAAAGUUAACCACUGUUGAAUAUGACAAACAUGCAGGGGUAAAUAGGGAUGAAGAAUUAGAGGACAUAGGGAGCUAUCAAAGACUCAUUGGCAAGCUGUUAUACUUGACUAUCACCAUACCAGAUCUCAGUUUUACAGUCCAGGUACUCAGUCAGUUCAUGCAGCAUCCCAAACAAUCUCAUUGGAAUGCAGUAUUGCAAGUAGUGAGAUAUGUAAAGGCAGCACCAGGCCUUGGUAUUUUGCUGGGUACAGGGCCUAUAGAUACAUUAUCUACUUAUUAUGAUUCAAACCGGGCUUCAUGUCCUAAUACCAGGAGGUCUAUCACAGGGUAUGUCAUCAAACUGGAAGACUCUUUGCUUUCAUGGAAGUCAAAAAAGCAACAAACUGUCAGUCAAAGCUCAACUAAAGCUGAGUACAGGAGUUUAGCAGCAGCAGCUACAGAAAUCACAUGGUUCUUAGGAUUGCUUAAGAAACUGCAGGUCGAUAUUUAG